AUGUCUGAAUCAACAUCCACCCCGGCUCCUCCCAAGCGGUCUGCCAAAGAGCACCCCCAGGCACACAUCUCCCGUUUCUGGCAGAGGUUCCACCACAGGACUCCCGGCAAGAUCACCUCAAUCUUCCCCCGCGAGCUCUACAAGACCAUCGACCCGGAGUUCGUCCCCGCCUCGGCCCGGGUCCGCAAUGCCGCCCGAAGCUAUGAGUUCGCCCGCUCCAAGUGCAUCGAGAUGGUCAGGGAGACCGUCGAGCACUGCGAGAGCAUCAACAGCAGCUUCUGCGACCCGGACUUUGACCUCGAGAGCGACUUCUACCUGUCAGCGGACGACUGCAUCCACGGUCUCGUGCGGCCCGACCAGGCGCCCGAGAAACCACCCGCAAGGCCGGGCUCCGUCCAUCGCGUGCCGUGGAUCUUCGAGAACCCUCAGUUUACUGUGGAUGGAUUCUCCGGGUCAGAUAUCAUGCAAGGCCGCGUCGGGAACUGCUGGUGGCUCGCCGGUAUUGGAACCGUGGCCCACCGCAAGGAUCUGAUGAACAAGGUCUGCGUGGCCCGUGACGAGGAGUGCGGUGUGUAUGGUUUCGUGUUCUUCAGGGAUGGAGAGUGGGUUCCGACUGUUAUUGAUGAUAAUCUCUACCUGAAUCACAAGGACUAUGGUAAGAACAGGGAUUACGAUGUUAGCGGCAAGCAGGCGAGGCAGUGGAGGAAACGCUAUCAGACAGGUUCAGAAGCUCUGUACUGUGGAAAAUGUGAAGAUGAGAAUGAGACGUGGCUGCCCUUGCUUGAAAAGGCUUUUGCCAAGAUACAUGGUGACUACAAGGCCAUUGAGGGCGGUUGGGUCGGAGACGCUGUUGAGGAUCUUACCGGAGGAGUCACAAGUUGCAGUCUCGCCAGUCGUGUGCUUCGCAAGGACAAGCUCUGGCGGGAGCUUGUCCAGGUUGACCAGGACCAUGGCGAGUUCGUGUAUGGCCUCUCUGCCGGCUAUAAUCCCGAGGCGUCGGAGCACAAUGGCAUUGUUUUGAACCAUGCGUAUGCCAUCGUACGGGCGGUUGAGGUUGAAGAUGACAAAGGAAAUCGGGUAAAGCUGCUCAAGAUAAGAAAUCCUUGGGGCCGAAAUUACGGUUCAGGAUUGGGCGAGUGGCAUGGCCCUUGGUCUGAUGGAUCUAAGGAGUGGAAUGCGGAAAUGAUCAGGAAGCUCCGCCACGAAUUUGGCGACGAUGGCAUUUUCUGGAUGACCCUCGAGGAUAUGCUGAGUAAUUUCAAGUGGCUUCAUCGGACACGUCUUUUCGAUGAGAGGUGGACUGUUGCCCAGCAAUGGACGAGUGUCCCGAUUGCCUGGGUUCCAGGAUUCCUCAAGACCAAGUUUGUUAUCGAGGUUGAGCAAGAAGGCAUCGUGGUUAUUGUUCUGUCAAAGCUUGACGAGCGAUAUUUUCGCGACCUUGACGGCCCUUACAAGUAUUGCUUGGAGUUCAUCGUUCGUGCUUCUGGAUCCGAGAAGAAAGUCGCGGAAGCCAGAUCCAACAAGGUCAUCAAUGAUAACCGUUCAGUCAACUGUGAGGUACACCUCAAGCCUGGAACCUACGAGGUUGUCCCCAAGGUCCUUGCCCAACAGUGUGGUUGGAAACAUCCGGUGGAGGACAUCAUUAAGGAGUAUGCAACUAGGAACCCUAUUAAGCUUCAACAACAGGGCAUCCAAUACGACAUCGCUCACGCUAAGGUCGGAGUACUUGAUGAGGAUGAGGUACAUAUCAAGAAAAAGGAAGAAGAGAAGGCAAAGAAAAAGGAGAAAAAGAAGAAGGAAGCGGAGAAGGAAGGAGAGAAUAGCGAGAUGAAGCAGGCAAUGGAGAAGAUGCAAGCCGCCAUGUCAGUCAUGCAGGCGCAGCUUGAAAAGCAUGAAAAGAAGAAGGAUGAAAACGAGAACAAGAAGGAAGAAACUCCCGCAAAGGAUGAAAAGGCGGAAACUGAAUCAGAUGCGAAGGACAAGACAGAAGCCGAAUCUACCGCACAGAUGUCUCCAAGAGCUGGAGAGAGCGACAACAAGGAAGAAAAGAAAGAAGAAGGGUCAUUGAAAGGGGAGGAGAAGGAGAAUGAAGCGGAGGAGAAGGAGGAGAAGGAGAGCAAGAGCAAUGAGGAGGACGAUGAUGACGACGACGACGAUGGAAAGGAUGAUGACACAGAUGACAAGGAAGGGAGGCUACCAUGGAAUCCCGUGUGUGUCAUGGGACUGCGUGUCUAUGCAGAGGAUAAGCAGGUUACUAUCAAGCUUGUGAAAGGAGAAGAGUGA